GCUAAAACCCAUUGGCUUGCCGUCCAGCAUAGUGUUUUCACAUACCAAUAUACUACCUUAAACCCAGAAGCUUGAACUCAUAGCAACCAUGAAAGCCCCCAAAUCCAAGAAAUUGAGGUUACAAAAGAGACUUUCAGAGGUUGAUGAAAUCAAUUUGCUGGACUCCUGGAUCAAUUUCGGCAAACCCGACCCGGGUUCCAACCCGCUCUCCGUUCCAUCGCUGCCAAACAGUGCGCCGAUUGGGAAAAUUGAUGAGAAUACAUAUUCACAGUACGCAGGUUCCAAGAAAUUUAAUCAGCUGCCUUUGUCUCAGAAAACAAAAGAUGGGUUGAGGGAUUCUAAGUAUACGAAAAUGACUGAUAUUCAGAGGGCUUCUUUGCCGCAUUCGCUUGCUGGGAGGGAUAUUCUUGGUGCUGCGAAAACUGGCUCCGGAAAGACUCUUGCUUUUAUCAUUCCUGUUCUUGAAAAGUUAUAUAAGCAGAGAUGGGGUCCACAGGAUGGGGUUGGCAGCAUUAUAAUAUCUCCGACAAGGGAAUUAGCAAGUCAGCUUUUUGAAGUUCUGAAAUCUGUUGGAAAGCACCAUGGUUUUAGUGCUGGUCUCCUUAUUGGUGGGCGUAAAGAUGUUGAUAUGGAGAAGGAGCACGUUAAUGAUCUCAACAUCUUGGUUUGUACUCCAGGGCGGCUUCUUCAGCACAUGGACGAGACUCCAAAUUUUGAGUGUUCCCAGUUGCAGGUACUAGUCCUAGAUGAGGCAGAUCGUAUACUUGAUGUGGGAUUUAAGAAAGUAAUAAAUGCAAUAGUUUCUCAGCUACCAAAACAUAGACAAACAUUUCUUUUCUCUGCAACCCAAACAAAGUCUGUUCAGGAUCUCGCAAGACUUAGUUUGAAGGACCCUGAAUACAUUAGCGUCCAUGAAGAAUCUGUAACUGCAACUCCUAGUCGCUUGCAUCAGACCGCAAUGAUUGUGCCACUUGAUCAAAAGUUAGACAUGUUGUGGAGCUUCGUAAAGGCACAUCUUAACUCGAGAAUACUCGUUUUUCUGUCAAGCUGCAAGCAGGUGAAAUUUGUAUUUGAAGCAUUUAAGAAACUCAGACCAGGAAUUCCUUUAAAGUGCCUGCAUGGAAGAAUGAAGCAAGAGAAACGAAUGGGUAUUUAUUCUCAAUUCUGUGAGAAACGUUCCAUUCUUUUUUCAACAGAUGUAGCCUCUAGAGGCCUCGACUUCAACAAGGCUGUUGAUUGGGUUGUCCAGGUGGAUUGUCCAGACGAUGUUGCAUCUUACAUUCAUAGGGUGGGUCGCACGGCCCGCUAUCAGUCUGCUGGAAGAUCUGUGUUAUUCCUGAUGCCAACAGAAAUGAAAAUGCUGGAAAAGUUGCAAGAGAAGAAAAUUCCUGUACAGUUUAUCAAGGCAAACACUAAAAGGCUGCAACCAGUUUCUGGGUUAUUGGCAGCUUUAUUAGUCAAAUACAAAGAUCUACAAUCCCUUGCUCAAAGGGCAUUCAUCACAUAUCUUAGAUCUAUUUAUAAACAGCGGGACAAGGAAGUUUUUGAUGUGAUGAAACUGCCAAUUGAUGAAUUUUCAGCAUCAUUGGGUCUGCCGAUGACACCUAAAAUCCGGUUUCUGAACCAGAAAUCUAUGGGGCUGAAGGAACAAAAAGAACCUAGUCUUCCACCUGAAGUUCCUAUUAGAGAAAACUUGUUAGAGCUUUCAACCAAAAGUUCGGAUAGAUCUGUUGAUGAUGAAGAGGAAGAUAGUUUUCUUGUGAAAAAACAGAGCCCGGAUGUAGAACAUGGAAAAGAAUCUUCCUCUGGGAAUAUUCUGCCAGUAACUAGGAUUGGGAAGAAAAAGAAGCUAAAAAUUAAUAUCCACCGACCAGCUGGAACCAGAGUUGUCUUUGAUGAGGAAGGCAGCACUUUGCCCCCCCUUGCUACAAUAGCUGACAUGAGUGGUGGUGGAUCUCCUGUAAUGGACAAAGAGAAAGUAAAUAAAAGAUACGCAGAGCUGAGGGAAGAAAUGAAGGUGCAAGACAAAGAAGACAAGUUUCUGGACCGCCAACGUCGUAAAGAGAAAAGAAUAAAGGCGAAAAAUAAGUUAAAGAGGGGAGCAGAAGAAGAUGAGGAUGAUGUAGAAGGUGAUGAUCUUUCUGAGUCAGAUAGAGCAGCUGGACAGAAAGCCAGCAAAAGGUCAAAGAUAUAUUUUGAUAGCGACAAUGAAGAUAGUGAGAGCAAAGGAGGAAGGAAUAAUAUCGGUUUUCCUGCAGAUUCCAUAUCUUUAGCACAGCAGGAAGAACUCGCUCUUAAGUUGUUGAGUUCCAUGAAUGGUUAGCGUCCUUUAGAGAAGAAAAUUAGUUGAGUUUAUUUAAAAUUUCUUUUCCUUGUCCAAAAUUUUGACCAAAUACAACUGAUAGAGCGAAGUGAAAUUGCCCUGUUUACUGUCCAAAAUAUAUGACUGUGUGUAGACUGUAAUGAAAAAGUGUUGCCCAAUAUAUAUUUUCUCAUUUUGUAGUA